AUGAUGACGUUUGCUGUGGACAACGUUGAUGCGCCAAGUGCUACAGGCACACAUUCUCAAAGCCAAGUUCCUACUCUUGAAGGGAAGAGCUCUUCCAUCUUGCAGCCCAAUUGGCACCUCGGAUCUGGUCAGGGCAUCUACUGGACUCCCGAGAUCGGCCACCUGUCCAUCAGCGAAGCUUCUAUGCUAUAUCUCAUCGCUCGUGCUGCCAGCGAGGCAACAUUGAACCUUACGCUACUCAGGAUUGUCUUGGCGCAAAUGUCGCUCCCUGAGAGCGACGCCCAGGAGAUCGCAAGAAUAUAUCAAGGCUUCAAGCUUGCGGUUCCUGCGAUCAUGGGCAAGUUUCAGUUUUAUGCGUACGACGAAUCGGUCUAUCAGAGGGGACUGCCAAGACGAGAUCCUUUCAAAGCCUAUGUGCAGAAAGCGAUGGUGUCUAACGAUAUUGGAGGUCUUGAACACGCGGGCGCCGUUGCAGCAGACUGUAGAGGUAUAGCAAAGACUACACGGAGCGAUCUUCUUGCUCUUGUCGCGGCCUUUCUCCAACUAGACGAACCUGUGAAAGCACUGCGCUACUGGAAUGUGCUGGCUCAACGUGGCAACCCCAAUGUGGAUGGAUGGCGGGUCUGGCUGGAUUAUGCGUUCCAGAAGAAGGAUUACGUUGCUUACGAAGUUGUCUGGAACAAGCUGUGCACUCUUUUCAUACCACGCGCUGCCGAAAUGUGGCACCAGCGACUUCUUCUGCUUCAUCAAACUCAUCAACCAUCGGCUGCCUGGUCACACUUUUGUACCCUAGUUCGUUACUCAGGACUGAACAAAACGCUAGUUGGACAUCCCGUACCUCUAAUAGCGCCGUCGACUAUUGACAUUGAGUUGUUCCAUAUGAUGAUCAAAGCCUAUCUAGAGGGAGAGGACGGAGAUAAAGCGAGGGCUAAAGAGGUCUUGCAGCUCAUGAAGAAACAAGCAGGGCUCCGGGUCACAAGAAAGACAUAUAUGUUGUUUGUCGAAGACUCUUUGAAAACGGGCGCUCGUCACUCGGCUAUCGAGUGGUUUGUGGAAGGGAAAUCUUUGCAGAUCAAGUUCUUGCCUGAGGAUUACGCCCUAAUUUUCGAGUAUAGCCUAAAUAAACACGGCAAAGCCCAAAUGUCGCCUUUGGCCUACUUUCGCUCUCCAGUUCUUCGAUGCUUUGAAGCCAUAUCCGCAGUUAUGCGCCUAGCCCGCGGUGGACGCGUCUCUACUCUUCCAGGCUACCAGGUUGAGUUUUCGUCCUCAAACAUCGAAUCAGCCCUCAAGGCUAUACCGACGGAGAAAGAUGUAGACGAUGAUUUGCCGGAUCCAAUACUGAAAGAAACCCAAUCGUUGUACGCAGCCCUCAUGAGGUAUUUGGCUCAGGACUUUGCAGAGCGGCCACCUAGUCCGUCAAAGAUGGCUCGUCUGAGGCUCUUACUGCUCCUUUGGGAUCAUUGCAUACUCACAGGAAAUUCAGCAAGCACAGAAAUGGAAUCAAUUCUCCGUUCUGCUAUACACGGUAUGCAUCCUGGAUUGCAGGAAAAGCUGAUGACUGGGGUCAUGUUCAAAAACUAUGAUCCCGAAGAUACUGUCUCCUUUUACAGCUAUAGGUCACUACGACUUAUCGGCAGACAGUGGUUUUCAGAACGCAUCCGCCUCAUUGCUUCAGGUCGCUCCCGGUCUCAGCUGGAGAGGCUUCCAUGGAAAGGGUAUGAUGCUGUAACCGAAGAAACUCUGAUUGACGUGGGAAUGUCUUCGCAGGAAGAUCGGCACAAGAUUCUAAACCAAAUAAAAUCAUGGAAGAACGCGGCAAUAAUGAAUCGAGAACAGUAUGCGAGGGAGAAAAGAAAAGCGAAAUUUUUUGACGACCUGGUAUCAGAAGCCGAGGUUGAAUUCAAAGAACAACCUGAACAGAUUGAAAUCAGAAAGGAAACAAUCUCCAAGUUACAGCAAGGCUGUCAAAGCUCACGUGAUGAUAAGGCUAUAACCCGGCGAGCGGUCUUCGAAGUAUUGUGCUCUGGCAAUAUCAGUGCUUCUGCAGAGUGA